UUCCCUGAGGGCUGGGUCGUUGCUAGGAGCCCGAAAUGCCCCGCUGGGGAGGGCGGAGCCCUGGGGAGGGCGUUCCCAGCUCCCUCAAGGCUUUGUUUAAAUAUUCAAUCCAUUCUUAGCCACGCCUAAAGGUAACAAAAUACCGCAAGGCCCAUCUUCACAGCGCCCCCUGCUGCUAGUCGCAGGUGUCUGAGGCAUGGACUAUCUGCAUUUACUGAGGCUGCGCGGUCCCCUCACACCUCGUAACGCCCCGCAGCUUGUCGGGGAGGCGAAGGAAGGCGUGUGAGACCCCGGGAGACCGAGCGGGAGCGAGAGAAGGAAAACUGAGAAGCGGCCUUGGGAUUGAAGGCUAAAGGAAGAGGCGGAGAAAGGGCGGGGCGGAUAUAGGACUCCUCCCAGCGGCUUCUUUCUGGUCGGCAGGGGGAAAAACCCAUCAUGCCCUGCAGGACGGCACCUCCCCUUUAAGGCGCGGACGUUGUUGCUAUUGGUGGCCGUUGGGGGCGCGGAAACUGAACUGCCGGAACUUCGGGCCGGCCGGCGCCAUGGCGGCCCCCUGCUUGCAGGAUGAUCCAUCAUUGGAGAGAAAUUUUAGAGGCCACAAAGAUGCUGUCACCAGUGUGGAUUUCAAUCUCAACAUGAAGCAAUUAGUAAGUGGCAGCAUGGAUUCAUGUUUGAUGAUCUGGCACAUGAAACCUCAUAUGAGAGCCUAUCGUUUUGUGGGGCAUAAAGAUGCAGUGAUGUGUGUUCAGUUUUCCCCUUCUGGUCACCUUGUGGCAUCAGGAUCUAGAGAUAAAACUGUCCGUAUAUGGGUGCCAAAUCUCAAAGGAGAAUCUACUGUUUUCCGAGCCCACACCGGAACUGUAAGAAGUGUCCAUUUUUCCAGUGAUGGUCAGUCGUUGGUGACAGCCUCUGAUGACAAAACAGUCAAAGUAUGGACAGUGCACCGCCAGAAAUUUUUGUUCUCAUUCAGCCAGCACAUCAACUGGGUCCGCUGUGCCAAAUUCUCUCCUGAUGGAAGGCUGAUCGUGUCCGCCAGUGAUGACAAAACUGUCAAGUUGUGGGAUAAGACAAGCAGAGAAUGUGUGCAUUCUUUUUGCGAACAUGGCGGGUUUGUCAAUUAUGUGGACUUCCAUCCCAGUGGUACAUGCAUUGCUGCUGCUGGUACAGAUAACACUGUCAAGUUGUGGGACGUCAGGACCAACAGGCUCCUUCAACAUUAUCAGUUGCACAGUGCCGUGGUAAAUGCCCUUUCCUUUCACCCAUCCGGAAACUACCUGAUCACAGCUUCCAGUGAUUCAACACUGAAGAUUCUAGACUUGAUGGAAGGCAGGUUGCUAUAUACUCUUCAUGGCCAUCUGGGUCCAGCUACCUGUGUUGCCUUUUCAAGAUCAGGGGAAUUAUUUGCUUCUGGAGGUGUUGAUGAGCAAGUGAUGGUAUGGAAGUCCAACUUUGAUGCUGCUGAUUAUGGAGAUCCCCUGAAGACUCACAGAUCUGGCAGUUCGAGGGCCGAUGCCAAGAGUCCGCCAGAAAUGGAUUUCUCAGAGACUUCCCCCAGAAUGAAAGCUCAGGAUUCUAUCAGGAGCCCGCAGGCAGAUGUAGUCACCCUUCCCCCAGCCGUUACCAACACCCUGGAACAUAUCGUGGGCCAGUUGGAUGUCCUCACCCAGACUGUUUCCAUUCUAGAACAGAGACUGACCCUGACAGAAGACAAACUCAAGCAAUGCUUGGAAAAUCAGCAAUUAAUCAUGCAGAGUAAAGCUGAGUGAUUUGGAGAAGAAAGCAAAAUCAGGCGUGAUACUAGAUUUGGGGUGUGUGUAUGUGUGUGUGUGUAUGAUAAGGUUGUAAUGCAUUUGUAUUGUGUGAAUUGUAUAAAUA